GGUCCAACCGGUCCCCUCCCCCCUCCUGCUUUUCGUCCCGUCCCGUCUCGACCAGUUCCGCGCAAGAUCCGCACUCGCAAAAACGACUGCGGGCCAGCCGUAGGCAACGGCUAUUUGUUUUGGUAAUGUUAGCCUUACAGCUGGAAUUCGAUUCUGCUAACGUGUAUCAUCGGCGUUACAAUUGGAUCGCUCUUCGACACGUUUAACAGAUGUGCAGAGUCAUUUGUUUUUGUUGUUGUAUUCAGCAAUUGUGCUAUCAUGUUUUAAAAAGAGAACUGUUUCAAAAUUUCAAUAUCAGCAUUUCCUUUUUCAAAAAGAUCUAUUUCGAAACUUGUGUACAUUCAUUUGUUUUUUCUGUUAUGUGUUCUGCAAUUGUUACGUAUUUUAGUAAUACGAAGCGAUACCAUUGAAACUUCACUGAGACUUUAACGUUAAUGUCGGCUGAAUAAAUCCCUUGUUCGGAGGCUUCUAUGUCUAUUGUGCGACUUGGAUAUCUUCGUUCGUGUAGUUCUAGUGAUUGGUGAAGUGCAGUGUAGUGUGUAUUUGUGAGCUGAUAUGUGAUACGUAGUGCCGCUGGGAAUGUGGCCGGAGCCAGUAUCAUGCUGGCCGCUCGCCAUGCCAAGUACCUGGGUUCAUUCCCGGUGGGGGAAGGAGAGAAUGCGACGCGCGUGGACGCUGUCUCAUCACACCUCCACCUCAUGAAGGAGAGCGGGCGUGCGGUACCGGUGCUGGUGGUGGUCGCCCUUUCGGGGGUCAAGGUAUGCGACCCCGAAGACCAGAGCGUGCGUAUGUCUCACGCGCUGCGGCGUAUCUCGUACGCGACGUGUGAGUCGGCGCGAGCGCUGUUCGCGUUCGUCGCUCGCGAGCCGCGCAGCGAGCCCGCGUUACAAUACUGCCACGCUUUCGAAACCGACACGCCCGAACAGGCGGAGGAGUUGAACUCAUUGGUGGGAGAUGCGUUCCGAAUGGCGUUCGCGUCGCAGCUGCAGCCCUCCGCGCCCCUUUGGAGCAAGGAGUUGAGCAGUGACUGCGGCAUGGGAGUGCGUGCUCCCGAUUCACUGCCAGGACUGAAACACCACUACCCUCAUUGUGGGGACAGAUCCCCAACGAAAUGCGACAUAAUGGGCGUUACGAAGCUAGUAAACGAACCGAGCCCGAGCAGCUCCGAGGAGUCGAACUCCCCAACGGAGAUCAACUGCUACCGUCGGUUGGGCGACCGGCCGCCGCUUAUGAAACGGCUAGCGAUGGGCCUGAGCGGGGCAUUGUUGCAACCAUCAGAUGAUGACUCUACCCCAUUAGUCACAGAUACACCCACAACACCUACGAACCUUCCUCUAUGUCUAAACGGUGGCUACAUAAAUGAAGCAUCUGAGGCAGAAGCGCGCACGCGGGAGAGUAACCGCGAGCUGCCACCCACGCCGCGACGCCGGGAAACCCUGCAAGAUCAAGACUUGGAUUUCCGGAGGUGUAAUAAUAUGAAAAAUUGCUUCUCCGUUUCCAGUAGUCCAUCAGCGGCGUGUAGUAGAACGACAUCAUCUUCAUCAGCAGCGUCAUCUUGCGGUGGGAAUGGUUCCUAUGGCUCCGGCAACAACAAUGUGCCGCGAGCUGAGCCAGAGUUAAAGCAGGCGCCUUGGUUUCAACAGGGCAUUCCUAGAGAAAUAGCACUAGAGGUUCUCAGUAGUCAGCCAGUUGGAUCGUUUCUGGUGCGCGGUAGCACAACGCAGGCGGGUUGCUACGCACUCUCCGUGCGAGUACCGCGUGACUUCCAACCUUCCGGUAUCGCGCACUACCUCAUACUACGCACGCCUAAAGGGUACAAAAUUAAGGGUUUCACAAAGGAGUUCACGUCGCUAUGCGCUCUGGUGACGCACCACAGCGUGAUGCCGGAACUACUGCCUGCGCCUCUACGUUUGCCUCGAACACAACGACCCACACCUGCUCGACCCACCAGAGAUCCAGACAAAGCCGAUUUACGUACACUUACAGCACCCCAUCAUCACCACCAUCACUUGCAGAACUUUCUUGCACAGCUGGAUGUGUGACCUGCAAUUGCCAUUGACUUUAACACUACGCAGUCGUAGCACCCCAGGGCAAUGUGCUGUGAUUCAAACUGCACUGAUAAUAUAGACAAAGCUGGCUUAAAUAUAUUCAUUAAGUUUUACCACCCACAGAACCUCCUCGCGCAGCUGGAUCUGUGACUUUAAGUGACCUGCAACUGCCUACUUGACUAUAACACUUAAUAGCCGAAACGUUCUGAUUCGAACAG